UAAAAUCUCAUCCUUGGUGACAGAAAAAUUAAGACAAAAGCUAAAACCCUAAGCCCUUAACAAUGUCAAAACAAAACGAAGAAGGAACAGCAGAAGGCAUGGAGGCUCUGCGCAUUCUAAAAUCAACGGAGCCACCGGAAUGGCUGUUACCAUCAGACAAGCUCUCUCAAACGGCGCGUGCAGCUUCACAGCACUUAUUCUCUUGUUUGAAACCACACGCGCCUAAGUCGCCGUUCGACAAGCUAUUAGUUGAUGGAUUUGACGCCGAGCAGAUUUGGCAGCAAAUUGACCUGUUAUCGGAGUCCUUACUCUCUACCUUACGCCGGCAAGUUAGGAAGUUGGAGAAGGAUCCUCCUCAGGCGAUUAAAAAAGUAGCUGAAAACAAUAAGAAAGAAGAAAUGAAAGGAAUUGAUGAAGAAGAUGAUGACGUGGACAUGGAGAAUUUUGAGGAUGAUGAUGAUGACGGUGACGACGAGUUAGCGGAGGAGGAAGAGGAGGAGGAGGAGGGGGAGGAGAAAGGAGGGAUAGAGGAUAAGUUCUUGAAGAUAAAUGAAUUGGAGGAGUAUUUAGAAGAUGAUGAAGCUAGGGAAUAUGGUUUGGAUUCAAAGAAAUCGAAAGAUAAGAGUAGCAAGAAGAAUAAAUUACAUGAUAGUGAUGAUGAUGAUGAUGAUGAUGACGAGGAAGACGAUGAGGAAAAUGAAGAAGAUGACGAGGAAUACGAAGAUGAUGAGGAUGAGCUUGAAGAUGAAGACGGCGAUGCAGACCAAUUGGAUAAUGCUAGGUAUGAAGACUUUUUUGGUUCUAAAAAGAAGACAUCCUCAAAAAGAAAAUCUAGUUUAUUUGAUGGAUCGGACAAAGAUUCGGGCUCAGAUGAUGAUGAAAUGGCUAAGGGGAAGAAGGGUGCUCUCUCUACCCAUGAAAAACAACUUGAGAAGCUUAAAUCUGAGAUAGAGAUGAUGGAGAAGGCAAAUAUGGAGCCAAAAACUUGGACAAUGCGUGGAGAGGUAACAGCUGCUAGCAGGCCCAAGAACAGUGCAUUAGAAGUUGAUUUGGAUUUUGAACAUAAUGUGAGGCCUGCCCCUGUGAUUACAGAGGAGGUUACUGCAUCACUUGAGGAUAUGAUUAAGAGUAGACUCAUUGAGGGACGAUUUGAUGAUGUUAUAAAGCUUCCUAGUUUACCGUCUACAGCACCAAAAGAAGUAAAAGAAAUGGAUGAGAAUAGGAGCAAGAAGGGACUUGCUGAAGUUUACGAGGAUGAAUAUGUUCAAAAGAUAAAUCCAGCUGCCGCUCCAAUUUAUUUCUCGGAUGAACAAAAAAAGGAGGCGAGAAUUUUGUUUAAGAAACUGUGCUUGAAAUUGGAUGCUCUAUCGCACUUCCACUUUGCUCCAAAACCUGUUAUAGAAGAAAUGACUAUACAGUCAAAUGUUCCUGCUCUUGCCAUGGAAGAGAUUGCACCGAUGGCAGUUUCAGAUGCAGCCAUGCUAGCUCCUGAGGAAGUUUUCUCUGGCAAAGGGGACAUUAAAGAAGAAGCAGAACUAACGCAAGCCGAGAGGAAGAACAGAAGGGCUAAGAAGAAAAGAAAGUUCAAGGCUCAAGAACUAAAAAAGACUGCAAAGCGAGCUCGGAACAACUCCACACCGGUGGUAGAUCAGAAUGAUGGGAUUGGCAAGGAGGAGUAGCGUUUAUUUUCACUAAAAAGAAUUAAUGAACCAAGGAACUUCCUCAGCUGUUUGCAAGUUUAUGACUGACGAAUGGAGCAGAGGAAAAGAGUCCUUUUUGGCUCACUAAAAUACAAACUCUUAUCAAAUUUACAAGCAAUGAGAGGAAAAAGAAACCAAAAAGGAUAGUUAGGCGUUUGGCCUUUUAUUUUGCAAUUUUGGUGUAAAAUUUUGGAAAAUUAGUUGUAUGUUUUUUCAACUUUGUAAAAAUGACAAAGUGUUUGAUUAUUUUGGAACUGGGGAUCGAAAAAUUGAA